GAGACCCCAGCAAAGUGAAGACGUAGCAAGGAUAGCGUGCGGCAGCCACGACGUUCUCCAACCCCGCUGUGCAUAAUCAUCUGUAUUAAUAAUUCCAGCCAUUCUUUGAAUCCUGAGCCGUCUCUGCAGUCUGCAAGCAUGUCUGUAGCGGGCCUCAAGAAGCAAUUCCACAAAGCCACUCAGAAAGUGAGUGAGAAAGUGGGCGGAGCUGAGGGAACGAAGCUCGAUGAGGACUUUAUGGAAAUGGAAAAGAAGGUGGACGCAACCACCCGGGCAGUCAUGGACAUCAUGACCAAGACGACGGAGUACCUGCAGCCUAACCCAGCCACCAGAGCCAAGAUGAGCAUGAUGAACUCCAUGUCUCGCAUGCGUGGUCAGGAGAAGGGACCCGGCUACACUCAGACAGAAGCCAUCUUGGGAGAGUCCAUGCAGCGUUUCGGUCGCGAGCUCGGCGAAGAGUCCAAUUUUGGCCCGGCUCUGAUCGACGCCGGCGAGUGCAUGCGUGAACUCGCCGAGGUUAAAGACGCCCUGGACAUGGAAGUCAAGCAGAACUUCAUCGACCCGCUGCAGAACCUUCACGAGAAAGACCUCAAGGAGAUCCAGCAUCACCUGAAGAAGAUGCAGGGCCGGCGUCUGGACUUUGACUACAAGAAGAAGCGGCAGGGCAAAGUGACGGAAGACGAGCUCAAGCAAGCGCUGGAGAAGUUUGACGAAUCCAAGGACAUCGCCGAGCUCAGCAUGUUCAACCUGCUGGAGAGCGACAUCGAGCAGGUGAGUCAGCUGUCGGCGCUCGUCCACGCUCAGGUGGAGUAUCACACCCGGGCGGCCGAGAUCCUCACGCAGCUGUCCGGUAAAAUCGACGAACGGAUAAAAGAUUGUUCUCACAAGCCCCGCAAAGAGUACGUCCACAAGCCUCGCACCACUCUGGACUUCUCUUCCGUCAGCGAGAACCACAACGGAGGCAUCCACGGCGCUCGUUCUCCGGGAGCGAGGUCACCAGCCAGGUCUCCAGCUCGAUCCCCAGCCCCCAUGGACCAGCCAUGCUGCCGCGCCCUCUACGACUUCGACCCAGAAAACGAGGGCGAGCUAGGCUUCAAGGAGGGCGACAUCAUCACCUUGACCAACAAGAUCGACGACAACUGGUACGAGGGGAUGCUGCACGGCAACUCGGGCUUCUUCCCCAUCAACUACGUGGACAUCCUGGUGCCCCUGCCGCACUAGAGCGCCACCUGCUGCUCGUCGCUGUAACGCAGUCACGGCCACGUAAGAAAUCAACAAAUGAAAACAUCUCUUCCCCGAAACGACCCGAUUCAACCCAGCCUGCUGCAAACUGCUUAAUGCAACAAUAAAGCACCAGGCGGCCUGCGGCAUAGUUUCAACUCUGCAUCCGUGUGGUAGUCACCCCCCCCCCCUCACCCUCCACUCCACCAUCCCACUUUGUCCGUUGCUGUACUUUGUGAACGUCCGCCCCAGUAGAUAGUUUUCUCUUAAAAAUAAAACAUUGUGUGCAUUAUAUUUGUUAUCGAUCAAAAGAAGGUGUUUGGCACCUAUUCAACAUCUUCCAUUGCUUUAAAAAAAAAAAAGUUGGGUUUGCAAUCCCUUUGUUUGUGUUUUUAUGUUUGUACUUCUUUUUGAUUUGGGACUGCAGUGUCUCAGCAUGUUGUGUAAAAUGGGGGUUCAGAUACCAAAAUGAGCGAACAAAAAAAGAAAAUUUGCAAUCUCUUUUAUUUUUGCAUGUGGGGCGGAACAGUAUCUAUGUAUGUGAAAUUCCACGUCCGAGCCAGUGAUAAGUGAUCACUUGAUUUUCCGAAAGAUGCAAGUUAUGCCGUAACAUGUGGUCGCUCCGUAUGAAAUGAAAACGUUUUUUGUAAAUCGGUAAGGAUACUAUUUUAACUCGCCCCCCCCCCCCCAAAAAAAAAAAAGACAUACAAUAACAUUUGUUAAAUAGCUAUUUUUUCGCGAUUGAAGUGACGACAAAACUUUAGGAAUAUAAAAUUUUUGAUGUAAUCUAAUGUUCUAUUUUUAAAUCAGUGAUGUCGCUACAGUCAAUUUUGGCCGAGCCAAUUUGUCCUGAUUUUAUUUUUGCCUGUGCGAGGGGGCAAUUCCAAAUCAUAUCAGUGAUUCGUGAUGGUGUGACUUUACGAAAAGUUGUGACGUAACGUUAGAAAAUCUGAUUUGUGACAUGCCAUAUUCAAGCCGGUGAUUUGUGACGUGAUGACGUGAUUUUCUUACAAACAAAAGCUGUGAUUAUAAUGUUCGUUUAUUUAUGUGUUAAUUUAUUUAUCAAACAUUAGGUUUUGACGUAAUGUACGACAACUGCAAUACAAAAUCUCAGUUUAUUUUUUUUUUUAGCGCUACGAUAUAUUUUCCAUCAUAUUCUAAAAAAAUCGUAAUCACAUUACAAUACAUCCAGAUAUCAUUAAUAUUUUUUUUUUUGGUUUCGCUGGGUUGACAAUUGUGAGCAAGUAACCCUUUGGUAUCCAUUCAUGUCAUCUUUGUAGCUUGUGUAUUAGACGUAAGCGGUAGAUCAAGCAUUCCCCAUUAAGGACUCAAUGCCUUGAAAAACCUUUGUGAUGUGGUUGGCAUGGUUACCAUAAUAACACGCACUGAAUGGUUCAAUAAUUUGUCAAAAAAACACUACAGUCAAAUGGUAAAAAAAACCGCAUUGUGUCAUAUUUUUACUCGCACUGCAGACUUUAGAGUUGACCUACUAUUUUUAAACUCUUGGGGGGAUUGUUGUGCUUGGAAAAAAAAAAGUGAUUAUUUUAUAAGCAUAUCUAGUGUUGCAAAUGUAUAGUUGUUUUAAUUUUCAAAGUUUUUGCCCAUCUAUCAUGUUCAAAAUUCUGCUUGCCGGAAGCAGAGCAGCAUUGUGUUUGGUUACAGAGUCGAUGUGUGAAAAAUCUGAAUACAUGUACCCCUAUUUAAAACAAUGUUAGGAUUCAACACGCCGAUAUAUUUAAGCGUGUAAUUACUCUUGAUGUUUAGUGGAUAGCAAUUGGACAAAGGUGGUCUAGAAAAUAAAAUAAAAAGUACUUACCUUGACGUCCAAUUAAAAAAAUGCCGCUAAGGCUUGGCAGCCGUACAGACACUUCUCACUAUGCCCUCGAGCUGCAUUCUGAUUGGUCUACUCUUUUUCCGGAGGGAGGGGGGAUUAUACAAAAGUAUAUUGUUUUUUCAUUUUAAUAAGGGUUAAAUUCCCUCUUUUUCUCUUUGACUUAAAAAAAAUGUAUUUUUGCCCUCAAUGAGGACUGUACAGCUGUGCGCGUGUUUAAUUUGUGUACGUGUGUGUGCGCGUGCGCAUGUGUGUGUCGUCGCUCACCCACAGUCACGUAAUCUUAUUUUUGUAACCAUGACAAAGUAUUGACAUAAUGACAUAGAUGUAAAUAUAUACUAUAUACUCCGUAAUAUAAAACUGGAACGAAGAGAUAGUCUGUGUGCUGCACAUCAUCAUGACUGUUUUUUUUUUUUUUUCUUCCUCGGUUUUGCUUCAUUCUUGCACUUUGGAUUUGGAGACUGUAUGCUUGAUGUAAAGACAAUGUGAUAAGUCAAUGUCCUUUAUUCCAAUAAACAGAGAAAUGUG